UUAGCUUUUAUAGAUUUAAAUUUUUGUAAUCGAUUACAAUUUUUAAAUUUAAAUUAUAACCAAUCAUCGUUUAAUACAGUAGAAUUAAACAUUUUAAACUGUAAAUUGAAUCACAACAAAGGGAAAAAAAUGGAGAAUGAUCUUAUAAAGUACUGAACAUUUAAUUUAUAAUGCAUACACUAAACAUAGAAGUUCGAUGAAAAUAAUUAAAGACUUUCGAAAAGUAGUGAAUUUACCAAUUAAGGUUGACGACCCGAAGAGUGAAAGCUAUUAAAUGCUACAAAUGCCUGGUGGUGAUGACUCGGACAGUACCGUUAUUUACUAAAUACCGUUCCACUUUCUAGAAAUAAACUUUUUUCUAUACAAAAAUAAGACUUAUAUAAAAGGGGACUGCUGAAAAUUCACCCAAAACACCCUUAGACACCAUGAAGUUCCACUGGUUGUUAUUCGCAUCGUUGGUAAUGGCUAUUGUUGCCACGACAUUAAGCAAACCAGCUGAAACUGAGGAAGCUCACGAAGAGGAAACAGUGGAAGAGUCGGUAGAGGAAGGAGGGGAUGACUACGAAGUUGCACAAAGUAAAGAACUGAAAGCCGAAGCAUCUCAUCAUGGAGAUGACGGUGUAUCUGGACAUCUCGAUAUGGGAGCAUAUUCUGGUCAUCACGGAGCUUUCGGAUGGUAUGCCGAUUUUCCUGUAGGCGGUCAUCAUUAAAAAGAAACACGCUGUUUUUAUUUUAAUAAAAAAAAUCUUUUUAAUUCAAAAAA